AUGGACAGGAAGGCCAACCGGAAGCGGGAGGCAGCACAUCAGCAGCCACGUCGGAGGGACCCACCUCUACCACCACCUGCAGACGCCGGUCGGACGCGUCGACAGAACAGACCAGGCCCACCUGGCCCGGCCGAGCCCGAGCAGGCUCGUGAAGUUCCGUCACCAUGCGCAACGUACGCGCCGCUGACCUCGCCGCCCCCAACUCCAGCCGCACCUUCGUCCGCCCAGAACAACACCGCUGGACAGGGAGCCGGCCCGCCCGGACCCAGAUGGGGCCCGAAGGGCCCAGAUUUGGGCCAGGCGAGCUCUGCCCCGAGCCGUUGCGCCGUCCCGCGACCAAGGGGCCACGCCACCGCCUCGUCACUACCCGCCGUCGCGCCGCCUGGAAGGAGGCGCUGCCGCCGGAAGCCCACCGGCCUGGGAGCACCACCACCUGCUGAGGAGACCCCGCGUCUCCCCUACACGCGCGCGGGGAAGGAAGCUCCGCCGCCGCCGGCACCGCGCGGCCUUUGCCCGGCGGCCUGCGCCGACGGUGGUGGCGGGGAGGGGCGGAGAGGAGCUCGGGCGCUAGGGUUGGUCGCCCUCCCGUCGCCCGCGGGGAGCGACGCGGAGGGCCGAAACGUUGAUUCCAAGGCUUAUGUAAUUUAA